UCUCUCUCUCGAUAACCCCAGUGAUAACAGUGCGGAAACUUUAGGCGGGAAGUUAAAAAAUUGAAAAAAAUUAAAAGAAGAUUACUGUGACACAUCUCAGUGUCACAAGUCGUGUCUCAUCAGUUUAUUGGCGACAUUAAACAUUUCCUACAUUGAUUGGCAAUUCCUCCAACGAAUCGUCAUUUAAAUUUUGAGAUAUCAGCCAACAUUUGGCCGAUUUCGCUGUUAAUCUAUUUGUGCGGAAGGAGACUUUUCAUUGACCGGAGAACCAACAAGCGAUCAAUCAUGAUGGGUAUUUGGAGAAUUUUGGUGAUGAAGAUCCUACUUUUGGCAUCGUGCUGUGGCUUACCCGCUUAUGAACUCCCACCCCGACCAUUACUUGAUGAAAAGGAGACGCAACUUAUGCCAAUAAUUGCCUCACCGUGUACUUUCAACUCACGAUGCUGGGGAUGGUUGCCCACCACACCACGUCGGGGACAAAAUAACGGAUUACAAGUUGAGAAUUAUCGCCUCCAAGACGAUUCAAAUAGUUCGGCAUUUGCCCGAAAUUCGAAUGCAGAAGAAAAUCCUACUCAGGGGACAGUAAAAUCCCCAAUUAGCCGACCGGUAGCCAUGGAGAUUCGAUCAGGAUCGCCGGUGGUUCGUCAAGUGUUCAAUAAACCAGUGAAAAAAGAUAUAUUUGUGUCACGAACUUUGGGUGCCGGUGGCAUGCCAUUCUCAGUGCUGUACAUGAACAGACAUGGGACACGAUUGAGUCACCCUUCAACUUCAGAUAAUAGAAGAACAUCCAAUAGCUCAUUAAAAAAGUCAACGGUUGCUCCACCAACGCCAAAACAACAAAAUACUCGAGUAGCCCCAAGGAAUGGUUCAUCACCACCAAGAAGAUACUCAAUAAUACCACAAUUAUUCAUAUCCUAUGGAUGGGGCCCUUUUGGUAAAUAAAACCUGAACGCACUCAUAUUAUUGGCGGUUGCUCAAGUUUGAUCUCAUUAGAACGUAAUCGUGCAACUUGGGAAAAUAAAUGUUUAAUAAAUGUAAAUUAUGAGUUGUAUGAUCUCCUCAAUAUGGAUUCGUAAUUCAAAAUAACCGAACAAUAAUUCUUUCAUCUGAGGAUUCAUAAAUUCUCGAUCGCAUCUAUAGAUUCAAUUAAAUUCAUCCAACUGUAUAAGCCGAGUUCGUGCUGGAUAAUAGAAAAAUUCAAUUUAGGGGAAUUCCAAUUGUAGUAGAAUUUCCCCAAGAAUAAUAAUGGAUAAAUUAAAAAAUUAAAA